AUGCCUCCCAAGAAGACAAAGGCAGAGGAGGCUUUGGCCUUCCUCUCCGACCUCGACAACCUCGAGGCUCCCGAAGACGCUCCCUCCGCACCUCCCGCCCAGGCUCCGGGCAGGUCGUCCACUGACAGCAACAAGCCAGGCGAGGCUGAAACCACCGCUGCCGCGCCCGACGCAGAGGCAGCCGAUGCCCUAGCGUUCCUCGAGGCUCAGAUCAACCAGAAGCGUGCUCCUCUCAGUGUUCCCAGCUCGGCAGUCCCCACUUCCGCCACCCCGCGCACCUCGAGCCCUGCCCUUUCGGGCUCUACGUCCACCGCCGCUGCCGUCGCUCACGCCCAGCCGGAUGCCCAGACUGAUGCUCAGCUUAACGUCCCAACCGCUGUACCCGCUGCCGGCACCGGGUGGGGUUCAUUCUGGUCGUCGGCCACUUCAGCCAUCCAGUCUGCUCAGCGUGUCGCCGACGAGCAGUACCGCAAGGUCCGCGAGGAGGGUGUGUCUGGUGUGAGGGGUCAGCUCGAGCAACUGAACGUUGGCGGUGUCGACCUAAACAAGCUGAGGAAGGACGCAGAGGAGCGCCUCGGUGGCAUUGUCAAGAACGUGGGAAACGUCGACCUGGACAAGCUUCGCCAAGACCUCCUCACCCAAGCCAACUCUACAUUCACUCAGCUCAUCAACACCGUCGCCCCUCCUAUCUCGGAGCACGAGACAAUCGAGCUGUGGCUCUCGCAUCCCAUGGUCGGCUACGACGGUGUGGAGGGUGUGAUUUAUCGCGCUUGGAGCACCAUUUUGGAUCAGACGGCGUCGGGUGAACUCGUCGUCGUGUGGUCCCCCUCAGAGAGGGAGCUUCCUACUGCGCGUACCUUCAACCCAGUCACUGGCUGGGACGAGGGCUGGAAGCUGUCUCAGGAGGAGAUGGAGGCUCUCCAGGCCCGCGAAGCCAAAAACCCCCAAGCCCGCAAGGCAGCUCAAGCCGAUGUUCCUGUCACCACAGUUCCCGUCUUCCUCCAGAUUCAGCCGGUGCUUGCUGCCCUGCCAGUGCCGGAGCCGCCCCUCCUCGCGUCUGCCCCCAAGCCGGCCACCCCACCCCAGCACCUCUCCUUUAUCGUGACUAUCCAAGACCCCUCACACGGUCUCCGCUUCACCACCGUCAGCCAACCUGCACCUGGCGACUGGCUCGAGGUCGAGUACGACAAGAGCGACUGGGUCGAAGAGCGCCUCGUCGAAAUCUUGCGGAACAGUGUCGAGGUUAUUGCCCAAGACUAUGUCUCCACUCGUAUGGGUCUCAAGCCCUCCGCAACCCAGGUCGUGGCUGCCACUGAGGAUGUCGGUGCCAAGGACGAGUCCGCUAAGGAACAGGAGCCUGCCGCUGCUGCUUGA